CAAUUGGUUCGAGACUCAUGACCCAACAGCUGAUAAUGCAUGGCUGCCCUUCAUAAUUUAUCAUGGAUUGGUUUGGAUUUGACAAAAACUUGCAAUCUGCUCGCACUCGUAGCUUAGCGCAAAACUGCAGGGGCCCCAUAGCUCUCCUAGAGGUGCGGCGACUGCUGACCGAAAGUAACGCUUUAGUAGACGGCACGGCCUUAUAUGGUAGACCGUUGAUCAAUGCGGUUGAAUGCUGUGAACCUGAGAGUCUUGAAGUCGCGCGUCUUUUGCUAGAUCGCGGCGCGGACGUCGACCUGAUUGGCGCAGAAGGCAAGACGGCACUGUAUGUUGCGUGCAAACAAUUUAAGGGUGGUUAUGGGAGACGUGCGCCACCACUCGUGGAGCUCCUCCUCUCACGGGGGGCUGAUCCCCGUCGGUGGCAUAACGGGCGUACGCUGUUCGGGGUGGCGCUGGAAGCUCGUAACUACGGCGCCGCUCGUUUACUUCUCGCCCACGGCGUGUCCGUCGAGGAUCCCGUGAGCCACUACGGUCCAGUACCGAUUCGUCCGCUUUUCCGUUUUUGCGAAUCUGACGGACACGAGUCAUCUACCUCCCAGAACAAUGGCGGCAUUGAGCAAGUACGUUUUUUGCUCGCGCAUGGCGCCGCCUUCGACUUCAUUAAUUACGAUGGUCAUUCUGCGCUCACCUUUGUGCGCUCGGGGCACCGGCGACUCCCGAAUGGACAAUGGCGGGGAGGUAGGCCCGAGAUGAACGCCCUCUUCGACGCGUUCCUGACGCACUACUGGACUCUACGCGUCCGGCUCCGCCUCUUCGGCCGGCGCGCCAGCCACCGGCCGGGCCCGCAGCGGCUUGUGCUCGGCGACGCCUAUCUACCGAACCAUAUCGGGUCUUUCGUCGUCGGUGACGGCAUCAUUGUGAAGAAAAAGUAGAAUAUAAUAAUG